CUCACCCACAGGUGCCAUGGCCCAGCAGCGCGCCCUGCCCCAGAGUAAGGAGGCGUUGCUGCAGUCGUACAAUAAACGUCUCAAGGAUGAUGUCAAGUCCAUCCUGGACAACUUCACCGAGAUCAUCAAGACUGCUAAGAUCGAGGAUGAGACCCAGGUGUCCAGGGCCACCCAGGGGGAGCAGGAUCACUAUGAGAUGCACGUGCGUGCGGCCAACAUCGUCCGCGCCGGAGAGUCCCUGAUGAAGCUGGUGUCAGACCUCAAACAGUUCCUUAUCCUCAAUGACUUCCCGUCCGUGAACGAGUCAGUGGAGCAGCGCAGCCAGCAACUGAGGGCGCUGCAGGACGACUGUGACCGCAAGCUCACGGGCCUGCGGGAUGAGCUGUCCGUGGACCUGUAUGAGCUAGAGGAGGAGUAUUACUCAUCCAGCUCGAGCGUGUGUGAAGCUUAUGACCUGCCACUGUGCCAAGCCUACUGGAGGCGGCACCUGGACGAGGCCUCCGCUGAAGGCCACCCAGGAGCCCCACUGGGGUCCCCGGAGCCCCUGCCCACCCCCAUACCCACAGCCCCUGCCCCAUGCAGCCUGCCAGAGCCUCCUUCCCCAGGCCCAGGGUCUUAGACCACCCCAAGCUCCGCACAUUCAUGCACCUCAACUAUGGCUCUUUCUAGAAGUCAUAGCGGUCCUGAACAGCCACAUUAGCCUAGCCAGGGACACCCCCAGGCUCGUGGGAGAAUUGCCUGCCUGCCCACUAGAAGGGGAUCCCGCAGGUUGUACUGGUGGGGGUCCCAGCCCUCAGAGUCUGUGAAAAGAUUCUCUGCCUGAGGGGGGGGCAAACUUCUGUGCUGAGACCCCUUUAGUCUCCUUGUUGAAUAAAGCAGCAACCCUUUA